UUUGCAUGGUUUUCAGCUUCUAUCCGACGGAACAAAUACUAUUUCCCAGUUCAGAGUGGUGGCCAGAAUGAGUAGCAGACGGUUCUGGAACAGCUGAGCAUCGUAGCAGACAAAAUAAAAAAAUAUAUAACCAUAACCAGCACAAGAACUCCCUGAGUGUUGACAACAAAUUUGUGUCAAUUCUACAUCUUCCAGUUCAUUGAGACUUGUAUUUAUUGUCAUUCAAAUCCAUUGUUUCGUUUUGAGCCUACACAAUUGCCACCAUGGCUGACGAGGCUGAGCCUGAAGGAGUAACUGACUCGCCGAAAAAAGGCCCUACCCUAUCAACCAGUACAAGUAGUUUUGAAGCUCUUGAUCCACAUGACCCAAACCUCAGUCGCCUCGCUACUACUAUGUUCCAAAAAACUGCUGAUUACUUAUUUGGAGAACUGACUGCAACUCAAGAGGACUACCGACUCCUAGAAUCUAUGAAUCAAGCAACUAUUGCCAAGUAUUCUGAUAUGAAACAGAUAUCUGGAAAUGUAUCACGUACCAUAACAGAGCUAAAUGAAAAAUAUAUGAGUCUGCAGCCUUAUUUGGAUCAAAUUGAUCAGAUAGAAAGCAGUGUUAACAAACUGGAACAGGCUGCAUACAAAUUAGAUGCUUACAGCAAGCGUCUAGAGACUAAAUUUAAGAGCCUGGAGAAACGAUAACAACAGAUGGUGUGACAGUUGUCAUUUCAUUCCCUGGAAGUUUGUAAGACCAUGUUUGUUAUUCUAUGCCACUACAUAUUUUCCCUCUUAUAUUCCUUUUUAAAUCAAUCAACAUUAUUACAUAAUUAUAAUUUUUUACAUGUCCCAUCUAGUCAGUCGGCAUUCCUAAAAUAAGAACUUUGUAUAGUUAAUCAUUAUUUUCUAUUCGGUUCUUUUUUAUCAAUGAAUUUCUCAACUUAAAGUAAAAUGUGAAAAACAUAUUUUAUGUCUAGAAAUUAUAAAUAAUUCUAUAAUGUAUAUUUUCCUAGAUAAAUUGUGAAAUAAACCGCAUAUUUUUCACAGUC